AUGGUUAAAAAUUUAAUGUCUAUCUAUCUAUCUAUCUAUCUAUCUAUCUAUCUAUCUAUCGAUCUAUCUAUCUUUCUACAUUAUUACAUGCUUUUAUAUCGGGACCCGCCCCACACUAUCUAUCUAUCUAUCUAUCUAUCUAUCUAUCUAUCUAUCUAUCUAUCUCAGAUAUGCAUUCUCAAUCAAUCUAUCUAUCUAUCUAUCUAUCUAUCUCUAUCUAUCUAUCUAUCUAUCUAUCUAUCUAUCUAUCUCAGUGUAUUCUUUAUCUAUCUAUCUAUCUAUCUAUCUAUCAAUCUAUCUAUCUAUCUAUCUAUCUAUCUAUCUAUCUAUCUCAGUCUAUUCUUAUCUAUCUAUCUAUCUGGUAAUUUUCAUUCACCUCUUUCGUUUGCGUAUUUCACACAUUCAUUACUUUCCUCUUCCUUCUCCAUUCGACCGCACGCGCAUUUCAUUUCUAUCUAUCUAGCACACUUGCCGACAAAAUUGCAUUUAUCUUAUCGUCCUGAUCUACUUAUUUCUUCUUCUUCUUCUUCUUCUUCUUCUUCUUUUUUCUUUCUAUUUUUCAUUCUUUUUAUUUAUUUUUCUUCACUAUUAAUUAUUCCCGUUUUCUUUUUCUUUCUAUUUAUGUGUUUUGUGAUUUUUUCAUUGUAUUUUUUUCGCAACGAAGAUUUUCUUCAUUUUCUCCGAUUUUCUUUCUAUUUUUUCAUUUUACAUUUUUUCAUUCUCUUUUUUUUUUUUGCUGAUUGCCUCAAGUUUUUCGCAAUCUCUUUCAACAACUUUCGUUCGUUCGUUCGUUCGUUCGUUCCUUCCUUCCUUCCUGCUUCCUUCCUUUUUUUGCUUCCUUCCUUCCUUAUUUUUCUUUCCUUCUUUCGUUAUCCUUCCUUCCUUCCUUCCUACCAUCCUAACAUCCUUCCUUCCUUCCUUCCUUCCUUCCUUCCUUCCUUCCUUCAUUUUCUUGCUUCCUUCCUUCCUUAUCCUUCCUACCAACUUCCUUCCUUCCUUCCUUCCUUUUUUCCUUCCUUCCUUCCUUCCUUCCUUCAUUUUCUUGCUUCCUUCCUUCCUUAUCCUUCCUACGAACUUCCUUCCUUCCUUCCUUCCUACCAUCUUUCCUUCCUUCCUUCCUACCAUCCUUCUUUUCCUUCCUUCUACUUUCCUUCCUUCCUUCCUUCCUUCCUUCCUUCCUACCAUCUUUCCUUCCUUCCUUCCUACCAUCCUUCCUUCCUUCCGUCCUUCCUUCCUUCCUACCAUCCUUCCUUCCUUCUUUCCUUCCUUCCUUCCUUCCUUCCUACCAUCUUUCCUUCCUUCCUACUAUCCUUCCUUCCUUCUUUCCUUCCUUCCUUCCUUUCCUUCCUUCAUUCCUUCCUUCCUUCUACCUUUCCUUCCUUCCUUCCUUCCUUCCUUCCUUUCCUUCCUUCUUUCCUUCCUUCCUUCCUUCCUUCCUACCAUCUUUCCUUCCUUCCUACUAUCCUUCCUUCCUUCUUUCCUUCCUUCCUUCCUUUCCUUCCUUCAUUCCUUUCUUCCUUCUACCUUUCCUUCCUUCCUUCCUUCCUUCCUUCCUUCCUUCCUUCUACCUUUCCUUCCUUCUUUCCUUCCUUCCUUCCUUCCUUCUACCUUUCCUUCCUUCUUUCCUUCCUUCCUUCCUUCCUUCCUUCCUUCCUUCCUUCCUUCCUUCCUUCCAUUCCUUCCUUCCUUCUUUUUCCUUCCUUCCUUCCUUCCUUCCUUCCUUCCUUCCUUCCUUUCCUUCCUUCCUGCCUACCUUCCUUCCUUCUACCUUUUCCAUCCUUCCUUCCUUCCUUCCUUCCUUCCUUCCUUCCUUCCUUCCUUCCUACCAUCUUUCCUUCCUUCCUUCCUACCAUCCUUCCUUCCUUCCUUCCUUCCUUCCUUCCUUCCUUCUACCUUUCCUUCCUUCCUUCCUUCUACCUUUUCUUCCUUCCUUCCUUCCUUCCUUCCUUCCUACCAUCUUUCCUUCCUUCCUUCCCACCAUCCUUCCUUCCUUUUUCCUUCCUUCCUUCUACCUUUUCUUCCUUCCUUCCUUCCCUUCCUUCCAUUUUCCUUUCUUCCUUCCUUUCCUUCCUUCCUUCCUUCCUUCCUUCCUUCCUUCUACCUUUCUUUUCCUUCCUUCCUUUUCUUGUUUCCUUCCUACCUCCCUUCCUUAUCCUUCCUACCAUCCUACCGUCCUUCCUUCCUUAUCCUUCCUUCCUUCCUUCUACCUUUCUUUCCUUCCUUCCUUUUCUUGCUUCCUUCCUUCCUUCCUUCCUUAUCCUUCCUACCAUUCUACCGUCCUUCCUUCCUUAUCAUUCCUUCCUUCCUUCCUUCCUUCCUUCCUUCCUUCCUUCUUCCUUCCUUCCUUCCUUCCUACCACCUUUCCUUCCUUCCUGCCUUCAUUUUCUUGCUUCCUUCCUUCCUUCCUUCCUUAUCCUUCCUACCAUCCUUCCUUCCUACCAUCCUUCUUUCCUUCCUUCCAUCCUUCCUUCCUUCCUUUCAUCCUUCUUCUAA